AUGGCUACUUUCACUGGUGCGGAGCGUGCUCGCUGUGUGUUAUUGUUUCAUGAAUCUGCUACAAGUAUUCAGUGUAGAUUUCGCACAGAAUACAGAAGAGACCCUCCAAGCAGGCCUUAUAUUUACAGUUGGCACAAGAAUUUUGUCGAGAUAGGUUGUUGUGUUCGUCAUGAGGAAUCGCCAGGUCGCCCACAGGUUAGUGAUGCUACUGUCGAACAUGUCAGGGAAACUUUUGCCCGUAGUCCUAAAAAAUCAACGCGGCGUGCAGCUGUGGAGACUGGAAUUCCACAAAAGACAGUUUGGCGAGUGCUACGGAGACGUUUGCACUUAAAACCAUACAGACUUACGAUGGUACAACAUAUCACUGAUUUAUUUAAAGCUGCUCGAGGAGAAUUCUGUGCUGUAAUGUUGGUUCGAAUGGGGGAAGAUGAGACAUUCCUGAACUCAAUAAUCUUCAGUGACGAGAGUACCUUUCAUAUCAGUGGUAAAGUGAACACCCAUAACUGCAGAAUCUGGGGAACCCAAGAGAAUCCCUUGAACGAGUUCGGGGCAGUCCAAAAGUGA